UUAAGUGUUUAUUUAUUUGAGUGGAGAAUUACAGGGAGAGAGAGAGAUCUUCCAUCUGCUAGUUCACUCCCCCAAAUGACAAUAACAGCCAGGGCUAGGCCAGGUUGAAGCCAGGAGCCAGGAGCUUCCUCCAACUCCCCCACGUGGGUGCAGGGACCUAAGCACUUGGGCCAUCUUCUGCUGCUUUCCCAGGUGCAUCAACCAGGAGCUGGAUGGAUGUGGAACGGUUGAGACCCAAAAUGGUGCCCACGUGGGAUGACUGCGUUGCAGGUCGUUGCUUAAUCCACCAUGUCACAAAGCCAGCCCAGGCAGGAAUGUUCUUAAUGAAAAGAGACAGAUAGUAAACACCUAGCUAAGAUGCCCAGACCUAGAAAUCUUGAAUGAAUAUAUCAAGAUAAAUAUAUUCAUCUGAUGGAUCUCAAUAUGAAUGUAUACAAUGAGCCAGAUUCAAGAAGACAUGGAAAUGGAACAACAAGCUUUUAUUCAAAAGGUUUUCAGCAGCCAGAUCCAAAGGUUGAUGUUCUAGGGAGCAGUGGCAAGGAGCUUGCCAGGGUAGACAAAUGAAAAAUGGUUUAUUUUCCCUAAAACAAAAUAAAAUGCAGGAAUUCAUAGAUGAAGUCUUUCAAGUGAUUGAAGUAUAGAUAAAUCUGAUACAAAUUCAACUUUCUAGAGCAAAAAGAAGAAAAGCUUCCAAAAUAAAUAUUCUUUGCCAUCUUAACAUGGACACCAGAAUUGAGUGAGAACCACACCAUGAUGCUGACCAAGUGCCUGGGCCCAUGCUGCUGGGAGCUGGCCGAGAGCUGGGUCCCCCUGGAUAGCAGCUGGGGUGCCAUGGGCACUGUGGAGCUGGAGUGGGCUGCUGACUGGGGCUUGAUUCUUGACUGACUGCCUUAUAUCAACAGCAAGUUUAAGGACAGUGAAUUAAACAGUCCUACCUGGCCUCUCAAGCCCCAGAGAAAACGCCAAAGAAACGCAUAGCGCAACGUGAGCCUUUUGUGUUCCUGAACAUGGCCUUGGUUUUCUCAUGCCUGUGACAGUAAACUCACCUUGCUACCUGCCUGCCCCUCCUGGUCUUCAUCAUGCUGGCUGCUCGAGUACCUCCAGGGCAGCCCUCCUGGCUUGGGUGGCCUCAUAGUCCUUUUUUUUUUUUUUUUUUAAUUUGACAGGUAGAGUUACAGACAGAGAGACAGAGAGAGACAGAAAGUCUUCCUUCUGUUGCUUCACCCCCAAGUGGCCACUAUGGUCGGUACUGCACCGAUCUGAAGCCAGGAGCCAGGUGCCUCCUACUGGUCUCCCAUGUGGGUGCAGCGCCCAAGCACUUGGGCCAUCCUCCACUGCCUUCCCCAGCCACAGCAGAGAGCUGGACUGGAAGAGGGGCAACCGGGACUAGAACCCGGCGCCCACAUGGGAUGCCGGCGCUGCAGGCGGAGGAUUAACCAAGUGAGACAUGCUCAUGGUCAUUUUAGAACCAAAGUUUUGUAAAUCUAGGAGAAUUUUUAAUGGUAUAAAUUAUUUAAAUAUUUAAAGCAUUUAAUGGGUUGAAAAAUGGACAAAAGACCAGUCUUAUUGAUCAUUGUAAGUAUAAAAAGCAUAAGUUAAAUAUUAAUAAGUACCUUGCCAAAAAUAUUAAAAAAAAUUUGACCAUACAAAAUUUAUAUAGACUAUAGGGUUGGCUUGGUAUUUAGAAAGCUAUUAAUAUAGCAAAUCAUAGGAUAGAAAACCACAUGAUUCUUUCUGCUUUAGUGAGAUGUGAGUUGGUCCUUAACCUGAGAUGGAUUUACAUAUAUUUUAAUAGCAAAUACCAGUAUCAUUUUUUGGGUGAAGCACUAGAAAUGGUUUAAUUAAGACUGGAAACAAGACAAACACAGCAAAGUUAACAUUACUUUGAAAAUGCAAGCCAGGAAUUAGGUGAGAGAAAAAAUGGAGAGGUAGUAUUAGAAAGAAGAUGGUGAAGGGGCUGGCGCUGUGGUAUAGUGGGUUAAUGCCCUGGCCUGAAGCUCUGGCAUCCCAUAUGGGCACUGGUUCUAGUCCUGGCUGCUCCUCUUCCAAUCCAGCUCUCUGCUAUGGCCUGGGAUAGCAGUGGAAGACGGUGCAACUCCUUGGGCCCCUGCGCCCAUGAAGAAGCUCCUGUCUCCUGGCUUCGGAUCAGCGCAGCUCCAGCCACUGCAGCCACUGGGGAGUGAACCAUCAGAUGGAAGAUCUCUCUCUCUCUCUCUCUGCCUCUCCUCUCUCUGUGUAACUCUGACUUUCAAACAAAAAUAAAUAAAUCUUUUUUUUAAAAAAAGAAGAUGGUGAAAUUAUCAUUACUUACAAAUAAUCUGAUUAUAUUUCACAAACCCAAAAUAAUAGAUUAAAGCUGUGCGAAACAAUUUAUCUAAUGAGAUCUCUAACAAGAAGCAAUAAACUCUCUCUAAUAUGUUAAGAAUCACUAAUUCUAGGGCAGGCACUGUGGCAAAGCGGGUUAAAGCCCCAGGCUGCUGUGCCAGCAUCCCAUAUGUGUGCCGGUUCUAGUCCUGGCUGCUCCUUUUCUGAUCCAGCUCUCUGCUAUGGCCUGAGAAAGUAGUAGAAGAUGGCUGACCACUGCACCUGUGUGGGAGACCCAGAGGGAGCUCCUGGCUCCAGGCUUCAGAUCGGUGCAGCUCCGAUUGCAGCUCCAUUGCAGUCAUUUGGGGAGUGAACCAAUGGACGGAAGACCUCUCUCUCUGGCUCUACUUCUCUCUGUAACUCUGUCUUUCAAAUAAAAUAAAAUAAUUCUUUAGAAAAAAAGAAUCACUAAUUCUAUAAAAAAGAAAAAACAAUUUAGAAUGGAAAGAAGGCUUCCAUUUUCAUAGUAGCCAAACAAAAUAUUUUAAGAAAUGUUCAGAACCAAUAUGAUAGAAACUUUAAAAAUACUGAAAGAUACAGAAGAUUUGAUUAUUUACGAAAGAUAAUCUUUGUCACUUUCUGAAAUUAAAUAUUUAGCUAUACAAAUUAUCUCUAAAUUUAUAAAUUCAGGAUAACUAAAAUUGAAAUACAAAUAGGAUGCAUUUAACAGCAGUGUGAUUCUAGGUUCAUUAAAACUGACAUGUGAGAAAAGGCGAUAUACUUUUAGGGAAUGGGAAUAAUGGAAGGAGAAUAGCUUUCCUGGAAUUAAAAUGUACCAUGAGCCAUAAUAACUAAGAUAGAUAGAUAGAACAGAAAAGUAGAGAGCCAAGAAAUAGACUCCAGUUUAUUGGAUUUUAGAUGAUGAUUAAAAUCUGUUCCAAGUAAGUAAAUGGUAUUAUGGUAACUGA